AUGAUCACUGAAACUCAAAACAUUAUCAAUUACGCUUUGGAUAUCACUAAAUAACAAAAUUUAUAAGGAUAUGGACUAACAAGAUAUAAGGUAGAUAAUGUUAGAUUCCUUUGUGAUGAGCUGAUUGCCAAAAUCUUCUUAGCAUCAACGAAAACAGGAGAAGAAAAGAAGGCUGAAAUCAACAACUCUGUUAAUCCUAAAUUGAAGUAUUUAUAAGGUGCUUUAGGAAACAAAUAGUUUUUCUUUGAAGACAAGUUAACUUUAGCUGAUAUCUAUGUUUACACAGCAGUAAAUGGAUUGUAACAUUUGUUGAAUGAUGAAUACAAGUAAUUCGUUUAAACUUUUGGUCCUUUUAUGAAAAACUUUGAAGAAAUUCCUUUAAUUAAGGCUUACCAUAGCUCAAACAGAUACCCUAAAUUAUCAUGA